GAUACAUGGAUAUAUAUGUGAUCAGUGAGUGAUGUGAGUGGUGUAUAGAGGAUACAUGGAUGUGAUCAGUGAGUGAUGUGAGUGGUGUGUAUAGAGGAUACAUGGCUCUAUAUGUGAUCAGUGAGUGAUGUGAGUGGUGUGUAGAGUGUGAGUCAGGCUCCUCCCCCUGCUCAUGUCUCCAUCAGAUGAUUUGCAGCCUCCCCCAGUGAUGGAGCCGGACACACAGUGACCCCGCACCGCUCUCUGGUGUCACACAACCGGCCACAGUGAUCACAUUGGAGGUGGAUAGCGGGAUGCAGGGUGACAAGCCGGAGGAUGAGCCGGGGGAUGAGGAUAAACAAGAGCCGGAGAAAGAGAAGGAGGAGGAGGACGGGAAGGAGUCGGUGUGUGUCGCCGGAGGAGCAUCUUCUGGGGCAGACAGCAGCACGGACUCGGAGAGUGUACAGAGCGGAGAUACUCCCAGCCCUCCGACCUGUAAGAUCUGCUUCCAGGGCCCUGAGCAGGGUGAAUUACUUAAUCCAUGUCGAUGUGAUGGUUCUGUAAGAUACACUCAUCAACUCUGCCUUUUAAAAUGGAUUAGCGAAAGAGGAUCAUGGACCUGUGAACUAUGCUGCUACAGAUACCAAGUUAUAGCUAUUAAAAUGAAGAAACCUUGUCAGUGGCAGCGCAUUACAGUAACAUUGGUGGAAAAGGUGCAGAUGAUUGCUGUCAUACUUGGCUCCUUAUUCUUAGUAUCCAGUGUGACAUGGUUAUUGUGGUCCGCAUUUAGCCCUUAUGCCGUAUGGCAAAGAAGAGACAUCCUUUUCCAGAUCUGCUAUGGAAUGUAUGGUUUCAUGGAUCUAGUGUGUAUAGGUCUAAUUAUCCAUGAAGGAGCUGCUGUGUAUAAGGUUUUUAGGCGGUGGAGAGCGGUGAACUUGCACUGGGAUGUACUAAACUAUGACAAAGCAACAGACAUAGAAGAAAGCAGUCGUGCAGUGCCUUCAAGCAGGAGGACAUUAUGGUUGCCAUUGACUGCAUUCCGCUCCCGGACAUUGGUUCACCCAACACAGUUAAGCUCUCCCCGAUUGCAGUGUGGAUAUGUAUUACUACAUCUGUUCAGUCGGAUGAGAACGCCUCCGGAAGAAUCCAUAGAGGACAGUAAUUCUGGGGAGGUUGUAAUGAGAGUGACUUCGGUAUGAGGAGGGAGAAGGGCUCUUCUGAAAAGACAAAAAACAUUCCUCAACGUGUGGACAGUAUUUUUGAAUGUUGGUGCAAUGAACCCAAAGCACUUUUAAAGUAUUUAAAUAUAAAUAUAUAUAUAUAUAUAUAAAAGAUUUUUUAACUUAAGUCUUUUUUUAUAGAAGCUGUUAUAUUAAAAAUACAGUUUUCAGAAACAAAAUAUUGUUUGCCGUCUUUGACUUUGUGUAUAUUUGCUUAACCUCUUCAAUACCGGACACUUUUAUCCCCUUCCUGCCCAAGCCAAUUUUCAGCUUU